AUGGAGGAAAGCAAAAAGAAAGGACUGAUAGAAGGUGCUAUUCUCGAUAUAAUAAAUGGUUCCGUUGCAGGUGCCUGUGGUAAGGUGAUCGAGUUUCCUUUCGACACUGUGAAAGUCAGGUUGCAGACACAAGCAUCUAAUGUGUUCCCGACGACAUGGUCUUGUAUAAAAUUCACAUAUCAGAAUGAAGGAAUAGCACGAGGAUUUUUCCAAGGCAUUUCAUCACCUUUAGUUGGAGCAUCUCUAGAGAAUGCCACAUUAUUUGUUUCAUAUAACCAAUGUUCCAAACUUUUAGAGAAAUAUACAAAUAUUUCUCCACUAGGAGAAAUUCUGAUUUCUGGUGGAGUUGCAGGUUCAUGUGCAAGCUUGGUAUUGACACCUGUAGAGCUAGUAAAGUGUAAAUUGCAAGUUGCCAACUUACAAGGUCCUACUAAAGCGAAGCAUACAAAGGUGUUACCUACGAUAAAAGCAAUUAUAAGCGAGAGAGGUUUGGCGGGUUUAUGGCAGGGACAAUCGGGUACUUUUAUUCGAGAAAGUUUCGGCGGUGUUGCCUGGUUUGCAACUUAUGAAUUAGUCAAGAAAUCUUUAAAAGAUAGGCAUGCUCUUGAUGACCCAAAAAGAGACGCGAAUAAAACCUGGGAAUUACUUGUUAGUGGUGGGAGUGCUGGCUUAGCAUUUAAUGCUAGUAUCUUCCCUGCAGAUACUGUGAAGUCAGUCAUGCAAACGGAGCAUAUAAGUCUCACAGAUGCAGUGAAGAAGAUAUAUGUGAAAUUUGGGAUAAAGGGGUUUUACAGAGGGUUAGGUAUAACUCUCUUUAGGGCUGUACCUGCGAAUGCUGCAGUUUUUUACAUCUUUGAAACUCUUUCUGCAUUGUAG